UUUUGAGGAUAAAAAAAGUGUGUUUGUGUUGUGAUUGUGCUGUCUGCUGAAACCGCUAACAAGAAAGACUUUAUAAUUCCUGAGAGAAGGAGUGAAUGAGUAUUAUGCAUUAUUAUUAUUGAGUGGUGUUACGGAAGGCUGCCCUUUUUGCAGUGUUUCGACUUUGUAUCAAAGUGCACCCAGUUUUUGGACGCUUAGAUGAGGAAAUGAAAACAAAGUGAGAGUCCACUACGAACGAGGAGAGGAUAACCAAGUGCAGGUCGGCGAUUUAAAAUAGAGAGACACGCAUUUGCUUCUUGGUUGGCGAGGGAUUGAGUCAGGACUCGAGUGAGUGAAGAACAGACGCCGUGUGCAGUUCGACCAGGCACGAUCUCUGAAAGAGUGCAGUGAUUUAUUGGAAAUUAGUUAGUGUAUUAAUUGGAAAUUAUUGUUGGACAAAUUGUGAAUGAAGAUAUUUUUGUGGUGAUCUGAAAACAGUGGGAAUUAUGAGAAACGCCAAGGGGAGGAAUAAAGAACGUCGGACAGGGGGACGAAUACUGGUUGUUGGAGUGGUACUCUUGACCCUGUGUAUCCACUCGAGCGACGCAUUCAUCAAGGCCGCGAUCGGUCUUCGGAUCGGGUACAGUCCGACUGAGAAAGGUUACGGCCAACCCCUCCAACUUAACGGCCUGCACUCGAAGAAUCCUGCCAUCAAGGGUCAGUUCCUGACUGGGGUGCAUGACACGCCCCCACAUGGAAAAAGUGCUGGAGUUGAGGCUAGUCCGGCACACGGUGGUGCGAGAGGGAGUGGAUUGCUCCAUCACCUCAAAAUCUUAGGGGUCAAUUUGUACCUUGGUGGGCCCAAGCCGUCCCACCACGGGGGAGGAGGAGGUGGAGGUACAAAUAACGGGGUGCAUGGUCACACUCAUCCCGUGACUCCACAAUUUGUUGGACGACCUCCGACAAAUCUGCAGCCUGGAGGAGGAGGUCUGGGUGGAGCACAACCACCACCACCAGUAUUCCCUCCGCAUCAUGGAGGUCACCAAGGUCAACUGGGAGGAACAUCUCCUGAGGAACGCCACCGUGACCUUCUGCGUGGUCAAGGUCCACGAGGUCAAUAUUCUUCGCUGCCUCAGGUUGGAGGAGAGCUGAGGGGGAUCGAUGAGCAGAAUGAGAUUGGUGGGGGGUCCGGCUACUCCUUCCCCGCUGGUGGUGGUGGGGGCGGCAGUGCUGAAGUUUUCCAACCUGCGGCCAGUCAGUAUCCGACGUACCAUCACAAUUUGAACGUGCUGCAAAAUCCGAAUCAGAAAGGCCCCUUCUUCACCCACGCCACUCCUCCACUUUUACCGCAUCAACAGCAGCAGCAGCAACAUCACCAUCAGUUGGGACCACUUCAGAAUGUACAACACCAACAACCACGCCCACAACAUGCAGGUCCUCCUCCACCCCCUCUACGCCAAGGAUUCUCGCUCGCCUCCCUCAUGCGUGGGCCCCAGUGGACGUCUCGACCACGAUUAUUCCGAGUACCCUUGGUGCAAUUUGGCCGGUCGCAUCCACCACCACCACCGCAAAUGAGUGGUCCCAUGAUCCCGGCGCAAUCGUCCUCCUCCCCCAGAGUCCAGUACUCGACCCUGUUCUCCACCAACCCCACCAACGCACCCCCACCACAACAUCAACAGGUCUUCGUCAUGCCCACGUCCGCCUCAUCGAUGCCCCACUUCAUCCAUCCCGCCCCCCAACAACACGACCAACCACCACGCCCCUUUUCCACGUAUCCGUACGCCCCACACCCACAAAUGCCCGGGUUUCCGCAGCAGCAGCAACAAAUCCCGAUGGGCGGAGGAGGUGGUCAAAGUUACGCAUCUUCCAACUACUUUCCCACCACGCUCAACUCAUCCCCUCAAAACAUGAACCCUUUCCUCCAGCAACCACACCCACAAGCGCAAACCAUGCCCAACUUUGGGCACCACCAGAACGGCCGACCUGAAUUCCACCAUCAAACUCCACCCCAACAAAAUGACUUCUACCAACAACAACCUCCCCCUCAAAACAACAACAAUAACGAGUACAAUGAUGAGUACUCUCGUAGACCAUCUGGGAUGCCGGACGACAUGCGUCCCCCGCCCGGCUUCGAAUACUCGCAUACCGACUCCUCUCCCAUCGUCUCGAUGGGAAUGACGUCCUAUGACGACCCACCCGUCAUGAUGGAUGACAACAAUCGUCCAGGAGACCACAAACAACGAGAAGAGGUUGAGGCGUCCCCACCCCGACAGAACAACAACCACCAGCAACAGGGUAACCACAAUUUUGAGAGUGCUCUUCCUGAAGGGAUGCGAGAAAUCAGUCAGGACGAGUACAAUGCUUUCCUCACCGCACCCACAAAUAUUCACACGUCGCAUGUCUCCACCCAAGUCAUGCCUCCAAGCCCGCCUAUUCAACAUCCAAGGAGCUACGACCCCUUCCUUCAACAACAACAGGGUCACAAGAGCACGCCUCGAAGUGGGCACUUAACGCGAAGUCUGCUCCACUGGAACUCCCUGCUGGACAAGUAUCCUGCAGCAGGGGGCAUAAAGAGGGAGAUUUCUCGCAGUUAUGAGAUGGUGGAUUCCGACACGCAGGGAACGCAAGCCAGCCCCACCAUCGCUGUCCCCACCGAGAAGGAGAAGGUGCCCCCAAAGAAAAGACUCGGCGUCCAUAUUCGAGCUAGAAGGACGACCACGACGACAACGACGACGGCGGCCACACCAACCAAGACGACAGCCAAUAAUAUUACCCCCGCUCAACUGACAACUAAUUAAUUAAUAAAUAGUAUAUGUAUCAAUUAAUAAUUAAUUCCUUCUUACUUGCGUCCCUCUAUUUAAAUUCAACCUUUCCUCGUUUUUUUAUUUUGCUAAAUUGUCCUUCACAUUUAUCGUAAAUAAGCUAGUCAUUCACAGAUUUACUACUUAACUAAAUCCGUUGUAUGCAUAAAAUUAUGAGUAAAUAUGUACGUAAGUUGCUUAUAAAAUAAUAAUUAAACCAACUUUUACUUUUUUUACUCGAAUAAAGAAAAAGGUGGGGAAGCAUGAUGCCAUAAAA